CAACAGAUAUGUGCGACUGAAUGAAUGAAUGAAUGUGUGUGGUUCAAUUGGUGAGUGGAUGAGAUCAGCCAGCCAACAGUCCAAAGACACAAGGAGUCAGACAGGCAGACAAGACAGAUGGAGAGACAGACAUCGGGGGAGGCGAGCCAGCGACAGAAGUCUAAGUGUGUGUGUAGGUAUACAUCAAUCAGUCUGUGGACAGAUGGACAGACUACAACACCACCACUACAACCAACCAACAUCACUCAUCACUCUAACCACCACCAACCGUAUACACAUCAAUCAAUCGUCCACACCGACAACGCCGCACCGCACCUAUUUAUCCAUACAGCCAUUCAAUCCAGCCACAUACACACACUCUCAACUGACCGAAAUGCCCCUGCCUUCUCUGUCUCCCUCCUCCCCCCUGUAAACCCCUGCCUGUGUCUGUCCCUAUCAUAUGGAUAAUGUCCUCAGGCCGACCUCGGGAAGCGAAGCUCGGAAUGCCUUGCCGAUCCCCUCGAUGAAGUCGGUGGGCAGCUCGUCAUCCCCGCCGUCAUCACGGCCGCCACCCCGCUCACGGUCACGCUCACCGCGUCUCGAUGAGCGACGCGACCGAUCGUGCCUCGACGAGUCGUCGUGUCGCUCACCUGACGAGCGGCGCUCACGGGACUGACGAGACGACGAGCGGUCGCGGUCGCGUCGCUUCUCCCGGCGCUCGCGGCGGUGUGUGUACCGCUGGAGGGCGUGGCCAUCUCCCUCGUGACGUGCCUGGCCCUGAUCCUCGGGAAGCAGGUCUCGCAACGCGGGGAUGCCGUUCUUGUCGUCCCUCUCGCGGCUGCGGUGUCUGCCGCUCUUGUGCCGUUGCACCUUGUGCGGAUUGCCGCGCUGGCGAGAAUACGACGAAGACGCCUGCGACAAUGCACGCUGGUUCUCGGCCUCGACGUGGUCGGUGAGACUGCGAGUGCCGCUGUAGCUGUCGCGGUGCAUGUGGUGCGUGCGGGAGGAGCCGCGCGGGGCGUGCUGACGGUCCUUGAGGAUCGAGUACUCGUGCGCCGCCUCCAGGUCGUCGGGGUGUCCUGAGCUGCUCUCCGUCUUGGCACCGCCCCCGCGAUGCUUGUCGUGCUUGCCGGACAGAUGGAGGGGCAUCUGACGCGCGUGUGGCGUGAGGGCGAACGCAUUGGUGGAGGAAGGCGGCGGCGGCGGCGUGCUCCACUUGUGUGGCCCGCCGCCUCCGUCGCUGCCUGGUGUGAGCGAUGGGGUGUUGGGGAUGCGCGUGGUGCCGGUGUUGCCCUCGGCGGGUGUGCUGUUGGAGCUGCCGUUGCUGUAGCGGCUCUUGUUGGUCGCAGGCGUCUUGGGCCCCUUCUUGCCGCCCCGGUCCUUCUCGUCACUGUUCUCAUUGUUGACGGUGACUUGGUCCUCCUCGUGGCCCUCGCCGUGAGGCUUCUCCAUGGUGCCGACAAGCGAUAGGAUAACGGGCAGAAGGAUGAUGCCGUGCGCGACGCCGAAGCCCACCACGAGUGUCAUCAUCUUGAAGAAGACGCGGAAGAGGUAUGACGCCGAGAAGGCCAUGCCGAAGAUGCCGAUCUGUGUGGACACGGCGCCGUGGAAGAUCGGAUUGCCCAUCAGCACAAGAGACUCGACCACCCUGCAUAGUGCAGUGCAUCGGACGGAGGCACAGGCGAAGGGUCGGCACUUUUUCGCUGUAUCAGUUAGCUAGUUGUGUGCGUGUCUAUCGUGUCGUGUUGGUUGCUUAUUCUUACCUGAGGUUUCUGGUUUCGCCUUCACAGUGUGUGAAUGUGUGAAUGAUGUGCGCGGAAUAGUCGACCGAAAACCCAAUAGACAUGACCAAAUUGAUCUGCACACCACACACAGCACACACACAGAGACUUUCAUGUCAUGCGGACGGACCUGUUUCUGUGCAAGCGCUUGCUCGCUGUGGGCUGUUUGCGUACCAUCGUCAACAUAUUCAGCUGAGACACAGGCAGACAGACAGACACAGUCAAUCAAUGGCGACAUGCCGAUGAGUGAAUGAGUCGUUGUGUGUUUGCUGUGCUGUGCUGUGCGUCCUUCGCUGGUUUACUGACUGGUUGGCUGUCUGUCUGUCUGUCUGACCUGCAGUCCCCAGAAGGACAUGAAUCCGAUGACUACGAUAUCGAUCAUCCCCAUGAUCAGCAGCACCAGCAGUGCUGACGCCACAUUGGGAAUCAACACUGUCGCUACCUACACACACACACACACACACAACACACACACACACACACACAACACACACACACAACACACACACACACACACACACACAACACACACACACACACACACACAACACACACACAGACACACAGACACACACACACAGAGAGAGAGAGAGAGAGACACACACACACAGACGUCCCAACAUCACAACGGCCACGCGUGGCAUCCAUCCGUCUCUGCUGUGGUACCUACCAUGAACAUGACGAAUCCAGCGAUGGUGAGGUUCUGUAUGAGUGAGGGGACGAUCUGCAGGUCGCCCUCAAAGAAUAUCAUCAACACGUUGAAAGGAAUCGCUGUCAGCGGCUCCUCGCUGUCCUCCGCCUGCUUCGCGCAGUAAUCACUGCACACUCACACACACACACACACACAGACACACACAGAUGUCUUCUGUGAGCAGAUCGGUUGUCUCGCUUCUGACCGAAUGGUUUGCAUCCACUUGGCCCGUAUCUCCGAGUUGGGGAGGAAUUCGGUCAUGACGAACAUGCGAAACGAGACGAGCUCCUCCCCCUCCCACACAAACUCAUGCUCGAAGAUCUUGUACAGGCUGUCCUUCGCCUCCAGCACGCGCUUCAGGUUACGAUUGAACUCCUGAACCCACACACGCCCGAACAUUGUGGUGGCUGGACAGGCUGUGUCUCGUGUUUGUCUCACGGUUUUGUUGUUUUGGUUCUUGAGUGAGGGUCCGAUGUCGGGAUCGUCGAGGAUGCGCUUCAGCGGAUUCAACACGAGUAUCGUCCGCUCCUCACCUGCACCCAUACAUAUCACACACACAGACAUCCCACACCUGUUCGUUCCACCCACCCCCCCGUGAGUCUUACUAUAGAGUCGAUUGUGGAGCCGGUCGAGUGACCGCUGCGUCUCAGGUCUGGACCAGUCCUCGCGGGAUUCAAAGAAGACCUCCGUGGGCGCCAGCUCGUAGGUGGUGAAGAACUCCUCGAGGUCCUGGUCGAAGGGCUUGAGGUAGGAGUCGUCGGGCGACAGCAGGCUCAGCUCCAGGCCCCUCUCGAGCUUGGUCACGCCGUAGAUGGCGAUGCACACGAGCGUCAGGAAGAAGAGCAGGAUCGUCACCUUGGCCACCGGGUGAGUGAUGAACUGUCCGUAGUAGUACAGGAAGAACAAACGCCACUUGCGACCCACGUUGCCUGAGGUAGACAGACAAAAGGCAGGCACCGCCCACAACACAACACAACCACGUGUCGCGCAACGCAAUGCCACCCCCUCCCAUGCCCCUCUGUCUGUGUGUACCCUUGGGUUCCUCGAAGAGUUCUGCGUCCAUUCCGGGCGGUAUGUGAUCCAUCGAGUCCUCCCGUGCGCCCUUGUGCGGUCCCUCCUCGGGUAUCUCACUGAGUGGUGGGUUGCGUGAGCCGGCUGAACCGCUGCUCUUGGUGCUCUUGGGCGUCACGGUCAUCAUGGUGGCGGUGCUCUUGGGUGUGCCUGCGUUGGCCAUCUGCUGCUGGGAGCGGCUGGAGCUGGAGCGGCCAUUGGUGGUGCUGCCAGGCAUGGGAUUGUUGGCUGUGGGUGGACGCUUGCGGCCGCCAGGAACGGUCGACACGGGCGGAUUGGACGGCCGGGCGGGAUGCUCCUCCUUGUGAGUGUACCUGCCAUCGCAUCGACGGAGGAGAGAGAAGGUUGGGCCUUUUGGUGAUUGUCGGUGUGGGUACCUAUCCUACCUGAGCUGCUUCCUCUUUGCGAGUGCUUUGGCCUUAAAAGACACGAGUGAGAAUGUCGACAGGUCGGGGUCGAGAGGGGGUUGGUAGCCUGGAGCCGACUCACGCGCCUCGACGCGCUCAUCGACCUGAAUGGAUCGAUGUGCGGCACAGACACGUGAAGGUGUGCAGAAGCAGCGCGUGUGCGCUGCAUCCUUACCGGUGUCUUUUUCGGCAGGAAGAAGGGGCAGACUUGCAGGGCCUCUUCUCGCUUGGCGUCGAGACACAGCACGGCCAGGAAGAUCGUCAACGCACACACAUACCCGCAAAGCAACCCUGAUGGAUGUCAUGUGCACACAAGGAGAGGAGAGGAGAGGGAUGGAUGGCGAUCCAGCCGGCCAACUUUCUGCCAACCGAAGAAUGAGUAGAGGCAGAAGUUGCGAAUGGAGAGGUAGGGGCUGAAGGAUCCGAUAAACAGCGCCAGCAGAUUCGUCACCGUCGUGAUGGUGAUGGAUAUCCCUAUAUGCACACAAGACACGGCACGGUGCAAACAGACCCUCUGUCUCCAGCCAGCCUCCCCUCCCUGCCUGUCCCACCCACCGCAGUCGCGCAUUGCGACGGCCAUUCUUUCGUGUGCCCUUUCGACCAUGUAGGCCAGGGCGUAGCUAUUGAUGAUGACGAAGACGUCGUCCGCACCGAUACCCAUGAUGAGGAAGAUCGACACGAGCGCCGUCGGCACGAACUCCACACCCAUGUGGGAGCACAGCCCCAUCCCACCCAACACGGCCAGCAGGGCCGAGCAACAACCUGCAAACGCGGGCAUCGCCCUGACAAACCAGACAGGCGAGGGGCCAGUUGCAAGGCGUUCAUUGGUGCGGUGUCUCGACACAGGUGUUUGUGUGUGGGGAUGACUUUGAUUUGAAGAGGUCGCAUGAGAAGUUUUGCCAGGUUGCGUAUAUGAUGAGGACGAAAAAGGUGAUGACGACAAAGAUGAUGUCCGACGCACUCCGCGUCGCACGCGCCAGCUCGUCGUCUGCACACACGCACACACAAAGCCACACACUGCCUUUCUCUCUUCUAGAGGCUCUUCUGCGGUGUCCCGUCCCACCUCUGCUCCGGAAAGCCAUGAAAGAGACCUCCAGCCCCGGGAAGUCCUUGCCGGGCUUCUCGAGGUUGGUGUAGUCGGACAUGACUUCGAUGAAGGCCUGCUCCCACUGAUUGGUGCGCUCCAGGGCCGUGUCCGUGCCGAUCUCGAGAUCGUAGCUGAACAUCAGGGCUGAUGGACGGGACGGACGGACACACAGCCCCAGACAAGACACAUUGCAUGCAAUGGGAGCCGAUUCUCUGUCCGGUGAUGUAUGUGAUAAGGCAUGGUGUUGAUUGACGCACCCACCUUGUGCCUCCUUGACGCAUGUGAAGUUCAGCGUGACUCUGCCUUGGUCGUCCCGGUCCUCGGGAAUGACGAUGCCGGGUACGUCCUUGAAGAGCUCCGGGGGCACCGACCUCCUGCACGUCUCCUUCUUGACGCCGCCCAGGUAGUACUCGAUGGGGAAGAACUGACGCUGCUGGUUGAACGUGACCCCCUCUUCAAAUUCGUAUAUCUCGGGCGUGUCGGUCUGGUCCCCUAACAGCAAUUUCAAGUCCAGCGCGCCCAUCUCCAAUAUCGAGUUGACCGAGCAUGUCCCGUCCGGCCGUUUGAAGCACAGCUGAUCAUCGAAGGUGUACUGCUUGGUGGCCUCACCCCCGAAGCCGUCGGGCUCGUCGACGGGGAUGGAUAUGCGUCGUCGGGUCUUGGGCUCGACAUUGAUGCCGCGUAUGAGGAGGUUGAGCUCCUGGAGCUUCUCGAGGUUCUUCCAGGUGAGGAUGUUCUUGCCCCUGUUCUUGCCCUUGCCGGUGACGAUGACGAACUCCCGGUUGUAGUUGCGCUCGCCGAAGAGGGAGGUGUGGAUCGCCUGGUGCUGCUUGGCCAGACUGUCGGGCAGCGCAUAGUUCCUCUCAGCCCCCUCAACCCUUACCAAGAUGCCAGGCAGCAGACCUGAUUGAUUAUCGACACACACAAACACAGACACAUGGGUGCAUGAAUCUCGACUGGUGGGUUUGGAUGCGCACCUGUGCCCAGGCAGCCCAUGACGAGCAGCGUGCCUGCUAUCACCUGACAGACACCCACACACAUUGAGAAUGGAAUGGCUGCCCCCCGUGCAGCGUCCCACACUCUCCCUCUCUCUCUCUCUUGUCGGUGACUGACUCACCACCCAUGGGUAUCUGUAGACGGAUGCGGCCCACCAGCAGAAACCGUCGUUAAUCUUCUCGAUGAAGUACUCCUUCCAUUCCCCCACCGCCACCAUGAACGCCUUCCAUGACCAGGAAGGGGAACGGCCCUCCUCGGCUGCUUCCCCACCGCCACCAUGUCGGCCCUCCUCUGGUGCUUUCCCACCGCCACCAUGUCGGGAGGGCCGUUGACUGGAAUCUUCCAUACGAGCGGGAGGCGAGCUGGGAGGGGAGGGAGGGGAGAAACCACCGGUCAAUCGAACGACAAUGAAAAACUCUCAGGUCUGCCAGCCGUGUGUGUGUUCUCGUCCCCUCUGUGUGCCGAUUGUUUGUCGGUGUGCUCUUCACAGCGAUGGGAGACGAGGUGACAGAUGGGCAGCAAUGCGAUACAUGGCUGGUCCUCUUGCCGUGGGGCUCACUCCACUGGCGCGUCCGCACCUCCUCGGCAUCGAGGGAAGUCAACAAACUUCGCCUCUGCACUCUCCCG